AUGUCACAGCCACGCGUUGUCUCUUUUACUCUUGCGGUAUUAGUAGUAGGUGUGAAUAUGAUAGAAGCCUCGCAAGAAACUAUGAAGCAAAUUACUUCGGGUUUCUUUAAGACUUUGGAGACGUGUAAGCAAGAGCUCCAGCUACCCGACCAUAUCAUCUCGGAUCUUUAUCAUUACUGGAAAGAAGACUACACUCUUCUAAACCGGGACACGGGAUGUACCAUUUUGUGUAUGAGCAAGAAGCUGGACAUGGUGGACUCCGAGGGGAAACUUCACCAUGGAAAUACUCAGGAGUUUGCUCUAAAACACGGGGCUGCCGGUGACGUAGCUUCGAAACUGGUGUCUCUAAUUCACGAAUGCGAGAAACAGUUCGAAGGCAUCCAGGACGAGUGUCUGAGGGUCCUGGAGAUCGCCAAGUGUUUCCGCACAGACAUCGCGAAGUUGGACUGGGCUCCGAAGAUGGACGUGAUCAUUUCUGAAGUCCUAACUGAAAUUUGA